CUUCCCUUCCGUCUCUCCCUCGACUCAACCUCUUCCUCAUCUCUCUCGCUCUCUCUCGCUUCUUGAUUUCGAUUUCUCCUGCAAGAACCGACACCAAAACCCUCGACAGACAACCCAAUUUCGCCCUCGGAUCCGGAAUCUGAUUCGAGUUCGGCACGGAGAUGGUGAAGCUAGCGUCGGCCCGGGAGAUCCGGAUGUAUGGGCCGCGGCUGGCCCGGAACCAGUCCGAGUACGUGAACGCGGGGCUCUACCUGUUCGCCACCAUGGUGCUGUUGGGCGGGUUCCUGGCGGAGCUGUCCAAGGAGCGGAAAUCGGGCCUCGUGGUCCUGCUCAUCGCGGUCGGGAUCAUCGCCCUCGUGAACGUCCACGACCUCGUGGCGCACCUCGCGGGGAUCAAUUGCCGGGUCUCGCUUGUGGAGUACGACGGGCAGCUCGGGCUCGUGGAGUUCGCGGUCCCCACGGUCCAGGCGUUGGGAUCGUUGCUUGUGUUCUUGGGGAUUCUGUUUCUGUUCCUCCAGGCCGAAAAAGGAUAUGGUUAUUACAAGCUGGAAAAGCAUGCCCUGAACUUGCUUAUUGCUGGCCCAGUUUUCUGGUUGCUCGGAUCGAUUCAUAACUCUUGCCAAAUUUACGAGAGAGCCGAUGGACAUGUCCAGAUAUUGCAACAGAGCGUCCACAUCCCGUUUCUAGCCGGAAGUUUGCUCUUCCUGGUUGGGGCAAUCAUGAACAGCCGAGAGCAAGCCGGGUCUCUCCACCACGGCACGGUGCUGCUGGGAGGGAGUUGGAUAUGGUUAGGCGUCGUCGGGAGCCUCUUGUUCGUAAUCGGGGGAUUGGCAAACGUGGUGAAGGUCUUCAAGAUGCAGCAAAUGGACGGGCUUCGGCUCGAGAAGCUGCGAGGAGGAGCACACGAGCAGUUGAUCCGAGCGAGAGAAGGCCAAAUGCCGCUCCUCUCGGACGAUACCGAGCGGCGUAAGAGGAGGAAGCCGGCCGAAGAAGCGCAACCGCCAGCCCCCGCGCCGCCUACACCUUACAAGGAUGUCCUUGUUGGGCAGGCUUGAUAAAGAUUGCUAACGAAGGAUGUCAUUGAAUUUCUUGUCCCAUUUUACUCGAUUGGAUUUGAGUGAGGCUGUAGCCAUUCAGCCAACUUGCCUGCCUCUUUUAAUUUAAUUGGAUUCGAAGAUACCA